GGCCGCGCAGCGCCGGGCGUGCUGCAGCGGGGCGCCAUGGCAGCGCGCGGGGCCUGAGGCGGCGGCGGGGCCGGCAUGGAGGCGGAUUUCGCCGCCUUCGGGAGCCCGCUGUGCGGCGAGGUUAAGCGCUUCUGCCGGCGGGUGCGGGAGACCUACCGCGAGAUCAAGGAGGACCUCACCCCCUACAAGGAUGACCGUUACUACCGGCUGGCACCUAUGCGAUUAUAUACACUGUCCAAACGACACUUUGUGCUGGUCUUUGUAGUAUUCUUUGUUUGUUUUGGUCUGACAGUCUUCAUAGGAAUAGCAGGUCCUAAUGUAAUCGAAACUUCUGUAGCAAGAACUGAUUUAAAUAACAGCCUAAAGCUGAAGCCGUUUAAUUUAAGUUCACCACCACUGUCUACUUACAACCAGCAGCUGUGGCUAACCUGUGUAGUUGAGUUGGAUCAGCCUGAUGUAUCCCUCAAAAAGAAUGUUACUAUGACAGUCAAAGUACUUGGAGUGGUGAAGGAUGGAAGCACACCCUAUGUUAAUAAUCAAGUUCACAAUCGGACAAGAUUACUCAGUUGUUCACAAAAAUGCAGUGAAAUUAUUGUUGCUCACCUUGGCUACCUGAACUACACUCAGUACAACAUAUUUGUUAGCUUUGAAAAUCUAAACAAGUUAACGUACAUCCAGAAUAUUACUUUCACAUGGAAGACCUACAAUCCAACUUUUUCACAAGUGGAAAUAUGGUUCCGAUUUGUCUUUGUAGUUCUUACUUUCAUGGUCACGUGUCUGUUUGCACAUUCCCUGCGGAAAUUCUCCAUGAGAGACUGGGGUAUUGAACAGAAAUGGAUGUCCAUCCUGCUUCCCCUCCUGCUACUUUACAAUGAUCCAUUUUUCCCCCUUUCUUUUCUGGUGAACAGCUGGUUUCCAGGGAUGCUGGAUGAUCUAUUCCAGUCACUGUUUCUGUGUGCAUUGUCACUGUUCUGGCUUUGUGUCUACCAUGGGAUAAGAGUACAGGGGGAAAGGAAAUGCUUAACUUUCUAUCUGCCCAAAUUCUUUAUUGUUGGACUAUUGUGGCUGGCUUCUGUUACCUUGGGAAUAUGGCAAACUGUUAAUGAAGUACAUGAUCCUACAUAUCAGUACAGAGUUGACACAGGUAAUUUCCAGGGAAUGAAAAUCUUCUUCCUUGUGGUAGCAACCACAUACGUUCUCUACCUUCUGUUCCUGAUAGUGAGGGCAUGCUCAGAACUUCAUAACAUGCCUUAUGUUGAUCUCAGGUUAAAAUUCUUGACUGCAUUAACCUUUGUAGUGCUUGUCAUUAGCAUUGUUAUACUGUACCUGCGCUUUGGAGCACAAGUUCUACAGGACAACUUUGUUGCUGAGCUGUCAACUCAUUACCAGAAUUCAGCAGAAUUCUUAUCUUUUUAUGGUUUAUUGAAUUUUUAUCUCUACACAUUAGCCUUCGUGUAUUCCCCCUCAAAGAAUGCACUGUAUGAAUCACAGUUGAAAGACAAUCCUGCUUUUUCUAUGCUGAAUGAUUCAGAUGAUGAUGUGAUUUAUGGGAGUGACUAUGAAGAAAUGCUGCUUCAGAACGGCCAAGCUAUUAGAGCCAAAUAUAAAGAGGAGUCGGACAGCAAUUGACUGAUUCUGACAUAGACAGACUUGUUCAGCUGAAAUUAAACCAAUUUUGAAGUUUUCCUAGACAACUUCUUAGCUUCCUUGCAGUCCGCUGUCAGUCUGAACAGUGACUCCCAGGAAGGACAUCCUGCUUCUGUUUCUGUUUACAAAGUUUAAACUGAAGAAAAAGAAUGCUUGAAAAGGUUGUGGUGAAAACUUCAGAAAUCAAGAGUUUUACCUGUCUUAUAAAAUGCCUGAUAGCAGGAUGCCUGUGGACUAGUCUUUAAGUCUAUUUCCAUUCACAAGUAUCACUGAUUAUAUCCUGAUUUUAAAAUUGCUUCCUUGCUGCUUAGUUUUUUGGGUUGGUUUGGUUUGAGGGUUAUGCACAGCAUACUGUCAUUGCUCUGUUGCUUUUGUGUUGGCUCCUUUGUAUAUUGUCCACGUACGUGCCUCGUUUUGCUUCCGAUUGCCUACCUUAGUCUUUUGAGCUGGAGGCGGGGAAUGAAGUGUCUUCGGGCUUUCUCUCUUCUGUUUUUUUUGUUGUUUGGUGCAAGAAAACACACGCUUUCCAUUCUUCAAAGUGAUACAGACUUAAGACCAUUUUUGUAAUUCAUUGAAAUGAGUUUACCAGACUUUUAAGUGCUAGGUAUGUGCAAAUAGUCAACUUCGAGUGAGCCAAAUAGCCUCAGUGGUGCAAAAUUAUUUGCCUAAUAUAUGUUUUAUAUCAUGUUUUGCUGCCACAACAGAACUGUCUGUUUUGGGUUUUGUUUUGCUUUUCUCACCAGCCUGUUCAAAUGGAAUUACUUAGCAACAAAUCCCAGAAGGAAGCCAGUGGAUUUUUGUAUGCUGAGGGUGAUUGUUACACUUACAGAAAAUACAGUAUGAAAGCUUCAUAGUGAAUUAAAAUUUGCAAAUUCCAAACAUUUCAUUUCUAGAGGCUUUUUCUACAUCAGGAUUUUUCCUUAAGAUGUAUUAGGAGACAGUUAAUCUACAUCCCAGGAACAAUCGUGGUUGCUCAUGAAUGUGCAUCAAAGUUGGCUUUUGAGUACGUUCUGUGCAGUUCAACUUCUCUGUCAUGCCACAGUCACCACCUAUACUGGCCAGAACUAGCACGUUUUGAGAUUAUCUGUAUUGUAGUCUGUCCUGGAACAAAGUUAGAUGGGAAUUAAGUAUUCCUAGUACAAUGCUGCUUCUCUGUUUGAAAGUUGGUUUUCUCCUACACCAUUGUUCGGUUCAUUAUUUAAGUGGAUGCUGUUUGUCUCUAAAUACUUUUGUUUUCAGGUACUUGAGUACAGGUAUCUUUCUUUUCCAUGAAUUUGUAACUGUGAUUUACUCUUGUAAAAUUUCUCUACCCUGCUGCUGCAGAAGACUCUAAAGCACCGUAAGGUGUUCAACAAAAAAUGGUGCUGGCUUACACUAGGAAAUUGUGCUCCUCACUGAAGUAGUUUAAACAGGAGAUUGAAGUCCUAUUAGACUUGCUGGAUUAGACUGGGGAAAAAUAAGGUUUGUUCUGCUUUGAUGCAACAACUGUUGUAGACCAUUCCCACUGCAGGAACCUCCUGGCAGCUGUUCAGAAUUGUGAAGGGGAGACUUCACAGGACAGUUCCAAGCAGUUUGCUUAGAAAGGACCAAAGGAACUGCCUCAUAUGGUUGCACCCUUGCUAUCAUAGAAUAGUUCACAUUAAAUUGGUGCUCUGCUAAAGGUAAUUGUAGUAAGAUACUGCGUGUGUUUGUGAGAGAGAACUGCAUAAAAUAGGUAGAGCUGUGAAAUUUUUUGAGGGUAUUUGAAAUUUAAAACCAGGGAUCACUUACGUGUUAGAAGCCAAAGCACUAUUGUAUGGCUAAAGCAAGGAAAAUGCUGUGGAGGAAGGGAAAGGUUUUCCCUUUGAUUUUUAAAUGAAUUGGUGUCAGUUUAGUAGAAGAACAUAGGAAAACACUAAAGAAGUAUUCAAGUUAGUGGUGUUUUGUUUCUCCAGUGUUCAUAGUCAGCUCUACCCUCAGUGCUUCCUCUUAGGCUUGUUUUUUAACAAGUAUGGGAGAUGAUCUUUGUAUCCUAAAAUCAGAGGGCCCAUUCUCACUCUUACUAUUCCCCAGCCACCUCUCCUGAGACUCACAGCUGUUUGGAUGUGCAGAGUCAGACUUGGAAGCCACCUCGGCAUCCCUCACAUACCCCAAGUCCUUUUGACUUCCAUUUGGAGUGAGUACAGGAAGUGGGUCUUCAAACACUGAUAUUUACAUGAUCCUUACAUAUUCCAUCUGUUUGGCUCUGAUAUUUCUUAAUUCUGUUCUAAAUUGUUCUGAAGAGAUCAAAACUUUUGAUUUGACCAAUGUGCAAGUGUAUUCCUAUUUCUUAUCACAGUCUGCACUGAUGGUUACAGUUAACCCUGAAAUAGAGUGUCAUGCUCUGGGAUUUCAUUAACUAAAGAAGCUAUUUUUAAUCUAACUUUUGAGAUGAUGAUUUUUUCCUAAGAUGUUUUCCAUUUCACUUGCUGUGUUGUUUGCAUUAACUUUUCUACAUCACUACAUUCGAAGUGGAAAUAGGAAAGUUGAGAAUGGGAAAUGUGUACUUAAGGAUCUCACUAUGAAAACAGUGAGAAAAUAGUUUCCUUGUUAGUUUUCAGAGAUUAUAUUUAAGCAGUGUUUGCCAUGCAAAAUAUCUUUGUAUUUGGGAAAUUGCUAGUGUGUAGCUGUAAGCUUGGUUGAAUGAAGUACUGUCACAUCAAAUUCAAUGUACAGUAAAGGCAAGAGUUGUGAAGCAAGUGAGGAAGUAGUUUUGCCAGUAAGAAAUCUCAGUUUCACCCUUCUUAUUUUCACAGCUGGAAAGCAGAGACAGCAUUUGAGGCAUAUUACAACAGGGACUGUAAACAGCUUGGGAAUAGAUGGCAUAAAUUCACCUCUAAGUAUUGUAACUUAAGGGUGAAACAAAAGAUAUCUGGCUAAGAAACAAGCCUGGCUGUCCUUUCAUUACUGUUGAAGUAAUUAUUUCCAUCAGUAGUGAAGCUGUAUAAAAUGAGACAGCUACACAAACAGGCCCCACAGCACAUGGUGUUCAUCCUCUGAAGGAGGUGCCAUCUCUUAAGUAACUGCAAGACUUCCAUGAACACAGUGGCAAGAGGGAUGUUUCAGACACCAGUAACCAUUGAGUGCAAGCCAUUUGUGGCAGCCAUUUUCAGUAGCAUUUGCUUUAAAAAUUGCUGGUGUUGGAAAGGGUGGGAAACUUCCCCAGUCCUGGCAAAGAGGUGUAACCCCAGUGAGAAGCAGGGACUGCAGCAGGGCCCAUGGCACUCAUGCUGGGGUGGCCCAGCUAUGGAAAGCUUCUGUCUGUUGUCUUUCUCCCAGCCAAAAGACAACUUGGUAUCUACAGCCACCCAACUCUUCCCUGUUUCCAUUUGCUAAUGCCAGUAAUAACAACCUUUGCAUUACUGUAAGACUUUUUUGAGAAGUUUGUAAAUGCGUAAAAUGAAAAUAUGGAAAAAUUGUGUACCAAAAUGGUAUCAAAAUGUGUAAGAUAAAUGCUCUGUUUAAUGAGAAGCUGUAAUUAAAUGCUGCUUUGAGACAGUGUGCAUGAGGACACAUGUUGAAUAUCCUGUGUAUCUAGAAGAUGUGUUAAUGACAGCAAAUUAUCCAGUUAUGUUGGAAAACUUCAUGCUAAUAUGGAAUAUGAAGGAGAAAAUAACACUUUAAGCAAAAGUUGGGUAUUGAGUUUCUUGGACAACUUCAUGUGCAUAAUCAUUGUUAAAUAUGUUCAUAAUAAAGUUUUAUAUCUUUA